AUGCUCCUCUCCACAGUCCUAGCCACCUUCUUGGCCUCUGUGCCAGCUCUUCUGCAAGCCUACCCCCAGCCGGGCACUUGCACUGGAUACUGCUUCACGCACGACCCAGCUCUCUACCGCCGUCCCGACGGCAAGUACUUCCGCUUCUCGACGUUGCGUGGUAUUGAGAUUGUCACAGCCAACAACAUUGCCGGUCCAUGGACCAAGGUCGGCAGCGUCCUUCCCAAUGGGAGCAUCAUCAACAUGCCUGGGAACAAGGAGCUCUGGGCUCCUGAUGUGGCCUACAUCCAAGGCCAAUACUACCUCUUGUACUCCGUCUCGACCUCCGGCUCGCAGACUUCUGCAAUCGGCUACGCUACCUCUCCCAACAUGGAGCCAGGCAGCUGGACUGACCAAGGUUCGAUUCUGACCUCCGCGCCGGGCCAGACCCCAUACAACGCCAUCGACGCCAACCUCGUCCCCCACGCCAACGGCCGCGACUUCUACCUCCAGUGGGGCUCGUACUGGGACCAGAUCUACCAGGCCCAGCUGUCCAUCAACGGCACGUACGUGUUCGCCUCGGGCAACCACAAGCGCAUCGCGCACGACCCGCGCCGGUCCUCCAUGGAGGGCCCCACAAUCUUCUACAAGAAGGGGUACUACUGGCUGUUCCUCAGCGUAGGCGCGUGCUGCACGUACACCCCCAAGCCGGCGGACGAGUACCACGUCAACCUGUGCAGCAGCACGAGUCCCUCAGGCCCAUUCGUGGACAAGGCGGGCAAGUCUUGCCAGGAUGGCGGCGGCACCAACUUCAUCCACACGCAUGAUCGCGUGUAUGCUGCUGGUGGGCAGGCAGUGUUCACUGACCCGACGCUCGGAGACGUGUUCUACUAUCAUUACCGUAAGCAUGCGGUGGACUACAACAGCGCCAAGUUUGGCUGGAACGUUAUCAACUGGAGCGCGGACUGGCCGACCAUUUGAGGUGGAGACCUCGUUGUCGAGAGGGCCAUUUUUUCGCCACGGGUGCUCAUCCUCAGAAGAGCAUCUUCUUGUAGAUACUUGUCGAAACAGCUUUCCGUUUAAGAGAACCCAUGAUGUUGCCCAAGAAUCUCGCAUUCGUCUCUGAAUAUGGUGAACCUCCCAUCAAAAAGCAAUCUCCCGCUACCCAAAGCC